AUGUCUGAAAUAUAUGCAAACUCUUACAAGACCUUCCUGACCGUGGAAGACCUGACUGCAGCAAACCAUCUCAUAGAUGCCUUACAGUGUUUCAUUGAUGUUUUAUUCUUAGAAUAUGUGACAUCUUCUGGGACCUCUGAAGAAAGUACUUCCACAGGGACAAUCACCUCUAAGAUUACUUCGACAGCUUCCACAACACCAGAAACAACAGCUACAUCAUCUUCACCUUCAACAUCUGAGGAAACUACUUCAACAGAACCAUCUACAACAAUAACCACAUCUGAAACCACAUCAUCCUCAACAGAAUAUGUAACAACUUCUGGGACCUCUGAAGGAAGUACUUCCACAGAGACAACCACCUCUGAGAUUACUUCAACUGCUUCCACAACACCAGAAACAACAGAAUAUGUGACAUCUUCUGGGACAUCAGAAGGAACCACUUCCACAGGUGCAACCACCUCUGAGAUUACUUCGACAGCUUCCACAACACCAGAAACAACAGCAACAUUAUCUUCACCUUCAACAUCUGAGGAAAGUACUUCAACAGAACCAUCUUCAACUAUAACCACAUCGGAAACCACAUCAUCCUCAACAGAAUAUGUGACAUCUUCUGGGACCUCCGAAGGAAGCACUUCCACAGGGACAACCACCUCUGAGAUUACUUCGACAGCUUCCACAACACCAGAAACAACAGCUACAUCAUCUUCACCUUCAACAUCUGAGGAAACUACUUCAACAGAACCAUUUACAACUGUAACCACAUCUGAAAGCACAUCAUCCUCAACAGAAUAUGUGACAAUUUCUGGGACCUCCGAAGAAAGUACUUCCACAGGGAUAACCACCUCUGAGAUUACUUCGUCAGCUUCCACCACAUCAGAAACAACAGAAUAUGUGACAUCUUCUGGGACCUCCGAAGGAACCACUUCCACAGGCGCAACCACCUCUGAGAUUACUUCAACAGCUUCCACAAUACCAGAGAUAACAGCGACAUCAUCUUCAUCUUCAACAUCUGAGGAAACUACUUCAACAGAAACAUCGACAACUAUAACCACAUCUGAAACCACAUCAUCCUCAACAGGAUCUGUGACAUCUUCUGGGACCUCCGAAGGAAGUACUUCCACAGGGACAACCACCUCUGAGAUAACUUCGUCAGCUUCCACAACGCCAGAAACAACAGCUACAUCAUCUUCACCUUCAACACCAGAGGCAAGUUCUUCAACAGAACCAUCUACAACUAUAACCACAUCUGAAACCACAUCAUCCUCAACAGAAUAUAUGACGUCUUCCAGGACCUCCGAAGGAAGCACUUCCACAGGGACAACCACCUCUGAGAUUACUUCAACUGCUUCCACAACACCAGAAACAACAGCUUCACCUUCAACAUCAGAGGAACUUACUUCAACAAAACCAUCUACAACUGUAACCACAUCUGAAACCACAUCAUCCUCAACAGUGACAUCAUCUUCACCUUCAACAUCAGAAGAAAGUACAUCAACGGAACCAUCUACAACUGGAACCACGUCAUCCUCAACAGAGAAACUGACAUCUCCUGGGACCUCUGAAGGAAAGACUUCAACAAAGGUGACCAGUAUUGUUACCACUUCUACAGCAUCUACAACACCAGAACCAACAGCUACAUCAUCAUCACCUUCAACAUCAGAGGAAAGUACAUCUACAGAACCAUCAACAUCUGUAACCACAUCAUCAUCAACAGUUGUGCGGAAUAUAACAACAUCUAGUGCGCCAACAAGGUCUACAUCAUUUUUGCAAGAAUUUAGCACUUUGUCUUCAACUAUUGAAACAUCUACUCUUAGCUCCACUAUUAUCAUUAGCACACAGUCUCUGUCUACUAGCAGAUCAACAAUGGUGACAACAACAUCACCGUGCCGUGAAUUUACCAAUCAAGAUCUUGGAAAUGUUACUGCAGAAAACAUCGGAAACAGGAAUUUUACCCUAAAGUGGUCAGAUCAGACCCUGGAAUUGUGUGGAAACUAUAGUGUUGAGAAAUCACCUGGAGAUGGAUCAUUUCUUUGCACUUUCAACUUCAGCAAUAAUGUGUGUAAUUUUGUGGAGUUAAGCCCAGGUCAAACCUAUAUGCUGAACAUUCACUUCAUCGAUAAAGAUAACAAAAUUCUGACACGUACUUUAAAUGUUACUACAGUACCAGCAUUUGUAUCGAAUGUCACAUUUCCAUCGAAUGGAAUUCGAAACACUUCUCUGACAGUUACUUGGACAGCAGCUAAAGGGCAUCUACUGUCAUACAUCGUUCAGUUAACAUCACAGUUUAAUGAAGAGCAGAAAAUUGAUGUACAAUCAAGCCAAACUUUAUCUGUUGUGUUUUCUGAUUUACAACCUGGACGUACUUAUACCAUUACUGUGAUAACAGUGACAAAUGGCCACUUGACCAAUAAGGGAGUGACAGUCAUGCAGAAUACAGAUUCUGAUGAGUGUAGCAAUGGUGAAAAUCAAUGCGAUCAGAUUUGCAUCGAACGCAAUAAGUUUGAAGAUAGUCGAGGCUAUGAAUGCAGUUGCGAAAGUGGAUUUAAAUUGGAUUCAGACGGAAGGAAAUGCACAGCAAUUGAUAUUUGCACCCUCAGCUGUACAAAUGGAAAAUGUUUCAUAGAUACGAUCUCCAACCAACCUGCAUGCCAGUGCAAUAGAGGAUACGCCGUGGAUGAUUCCGGCUUAAUCUGCAGAGAUGUCAAUGAAUGUAGUUUGUCAUCAAACAAUUGUCAGCAAACUUGUCAAAAUACUGUUGGUAGUUUUAAGUGUUCGUGUCAAUCUGGUUACCUACUGGAUCAAGGAGACAGAGCAAGUUGCCACGAUAUCAAUGAAUGUGAAUCAGAAUUCAACAAUUGUAAUCAAAUUUGCCACAAUACUCCUGGCAGUUACAAAUGUUCCUGUAAUUCUGGUUACGUGUUGGAUCAAAGAGACAAAGCAAGUUGCCACGAUGUUGAUGAGUGCUUAUCAAGUCCAUGCAACAGAAAAGGUUCCUGCAUCAACACACAGGGUUCCUAUUAUUGCGACUGUGUAACUGGCUGGACUGGGAUGUCAUGUUCUGAAGAUGUAAACGAAUGUUUCUCUAAUCCCUGUAUGAAUGGAACCUGUUUGAAUACACGAGGAAGUUACCAAUGUCAAUGUUUCAGUGGUUUUACAGGACGACACUGUGAAACUAAUAUUAAUGAAUGUUCCAGCCAACCAUGCAAGAAUAGAGCCACAUGCAUUGAUUCCAUAAAUGCCUUUGCAUGUAGCUGUGUGCCUGGAUAUACUGGUCAACUCUGCCAAAGAGUGAUUGAUAACUGUGUGAGCAGGCCAUGCAAACAUGAUGGGUUCUGCCUGAAUCGUAUUAAUGACUUCCAGUGCAUAUGUGAUGACAAUUGGGAAGGAAAAGACUGCAAUAUAGACGUGGAUGAAUGUUCUCGUAAUACGCAUAAUUGUGACCGCAAUGCUGGAUUAUGUAGUAAUACACUGGGCUCCCAUACAUGUUCUUGUAAAGAAGGGUAUGAAGGCAACGGCUUCAUUUGCAAAGAAAAACGGCUAUUUGACUAUGGAUCAAAUGUUGGUGAUACAAAACUUUAUGGAAGCACACGUGAUUUUAACUCUCCAAUCAUCAGCAUCCCAUCUGGUUUUCCUUUUGAUGAUGCAUUUUACUACAGAUUAUAUUUUUCAGAUAAUGGACUGAUUAUAUUUCAACGAAACAUUGAGUAUCUGCAGUAUACAUACUCAAGUCCAUUCUGGGCAUUCAGGAGUUACUACUAUGGACUUCCACCAAUGAUUGCUGUUUUCUGGGAUGAUGCAGAUUUGAGAAGAGGUAUAGGAUCCAUUUACUACCAGGUGUUUGAUUUUCAAGUCCGGACCGAUUCUGUCAGUAGAAAUUUCCAGGAUGACAUUAAAACACAAGUGAAUUCUUACUAUGGUUCAGAGCUUGACAGUGUAACCUUCAUGCCUAAGUGGGCACUCAAGAUCACCUGGGAAAAUGUCCUUCCGUAUUCUGGAUAUACGAACUCAGAUUCUAGAGCUACCAAUACUUACCAGGCAGUCCUAACCACAGAUGGCAUCUUUUCCUUCUGUUUAAUUCAAUUCAAAGAUGGUGGAAUGAACUGGCAAUAUUACUUAAGGCCUUACUACAGAAACUAUGCUCUCAUGGGCUAUUAUAGUGGAUCUACAAGUUCCAACGUUGUUUCAAACAACUUUCCAGCCUUUAAUGACCCCCACACCCGAUUCUUUGUAUCACCUAGUAAAAUCUACCAUCCAGAUCAAUACCCAGGCUUUAAAACAGGCAAAAAGGGACUGUGGGCUUACCGCUUGGAAAGAAACACCCGGUUCACAAAAAACCCAAGGCAAAGGUGCUUUGAUUGGUACAUACGAGAGCCUUUUCCAUUCUGGAGUUUCUACACUUCCCCUUGCCCCUGCUCAUUUUUUCAGGCUAUAUUUGAUCGUGCCUAUACUUGGGGAGGUGAAAUAUAUUACUAUGGAUUUGAUAUUAAAGAACCUCAAGUGUUCUACAUCACAAUGCAAAGUAGGUUCCCUAAUUGGCUAGGUUCUGGAGUGAGAUGUUACUAUGCAAGAAAUGGAGGACUGAUCUACGGUGAGAAAGAAAGGUAUCUCCCAACGCCGUGGACUUACUACAACUGGUUGUUUUGGUGGUGGAGAGGAUACCUAUUUUAUAGACAGCAGCUGAACUAUUUUUAUAACACUGUUCUACCCAACCUGCAAAACCAAUACAGAGAAAUGGAAGUUGACCCAUACAAUGACUGCUGCAGAGACUCUGGUGAUGUCUUUUUCUGUAAUCUUUACCGAUCAAGGAGACCCUUCGACUUCUGCUUUGGAUACAUUCCACCACGGAUAGGUUUCUUCUUUGGCGAUCCUCAUAUUGUCACCUUGGAUAGUGUAAAAUACACCUUCAAUGGCCUGGGAGAAUUCAUCCUAUUAAGUGUGAAAGAUGAAAAUGAUACAUCACUGUUCAGACUUCAGGGACGAACCCUCAGAGCUGGAGAAAAUAGAACAUCACAGGCAACAAGUUUUGUAGCACUGGCAGCACAAAGAAUGAAUGGAACAAAGGUUCAGUGGAACAUCAAUGAUGACGAUGAAAUAAUUCUCAUGGUUGAUGGAAAUAUUGUAAUUGCUACAGAAAACUCUACCUUUAUAAAUGAAGUGACCAUACAAAAGACAACCGACAAUGAAACCGUGGCUGCCUUUGAAGGUGGAACAUCCAUUACUGUUUCAGGAACGAAGGGGACUUUAGCUUUCACAACAUCACUAGAUAAUUCUUUAAAAAAUCAAACAGAAGGUCUCUUGGGUGUCUGGAACAACGAUAAAGCAGAUGAUUUUAAAGCCGCUAAUGGAACACACCUUGACUUUGAUGGAACAAAUUUGCCUACAGAUGCUCAGAUAUUUUUUGAUUUUGGCCUGACAUGGAAAACAACUCUGAACAACAGCAUUUUCACCUACAAUACAACCGCAGGAGAGUCUUGGUACACAUACAACAAUAACAGUUUUGUACCUUUGUUUUAUGAUGAGCUUUUGCAAACUACUGAGAAAGAAAAAAUUAACAAUGCUAAUGAAACUUGUAAAGGAGACGAUGACUGCAUUUAUGACAUUUUAAGUACAAAUGAUUUAUCGUUUGGAAGAGCAACAUUGCAAAGUGUGACAACAUUUGCAGCACAGAACAGCACAAUGAAUAAUUUCCCACCGAACAUCACUGGAGAUUCAACCAUUCAAACCCGCAUUGAUGAACCAGUGUUUACUCUUUUUACUGCAACUGAUAGCAAUGAUGAUGAGGUGACAUUUUCCGUGGUGACUGAUUCUCCAGAUAUCACAAUCACAGAAAAUGGAAACUUUUCUUGGAAUCCAACAAGCUCCAUCCCAGUGUUUGCCAUAAUACAAGCAAAUGAUUCUAAAGCUGUUUCUGUGUUAGGAUUGACACUUGUGUUGUGCAACUGCAGUAUCAAUUCAACCUGUGAUUAUUCCAGAACGAUUUUGACCUUAGAAAACAAUAGUACCGUUUUUAAGGUCCCAGCAUGUAACUGUACCACUGCCUACACGGGUGAUUACUGCACUGAGGAUUUUGAUGCUUGUCAAGAUAACCAAUGUUUCCUGAAUGACACUUGCAAAGACCAGCCUGCACCACUGGAGGGUUACACCUGUGAUCCCUGUCCAGAUAAUUUAGAAGGAGAUGGGAUAAAAUGCUACGACUUGGAUGAGUGCCAGGAACGUACAGACAAUUGUGAACAGAUGUGCACAAAUGUUUUUGGAGGAUUCAACUGCAGCUGCAAUACAGGCUACACAAUAAAUGCAACGAACAGCUCUAUGUGUACUGACAUCGAUGAAUGCAGCAAUAGCUCUACAUGCCCUCAAAAUGCAGACUGUUUCAAUUUAUUGGGGAAUUAUUCAUGUGUGUGCAAGUCUGGAUUUGACGGAGACCCAUUCAGGUUUUGCUUUGAUGUGGAUGAAUGUCUUGAUAGUAAUACAUGUGCAAGCAAAAAUUCUAUCUGUACAAAUACUGAAGGCUCUUUUAACUGCACCUGUCUGGAAGGAUAUGAAGGAACCAACUGCACAGAUAUUGAUGAAUGUGCAGAAAAUCAGAACAAUUGUCCCUUGAAUUCUGUGUGCAACAAUACAGCUGGCUCAUUCACAUGUCAAUGUAAUGAAGGAUAUGAAAGUCCUAACUGCACUGAUAUUGAUGAAUGCACCAGAUUUCUGUUUGACUGUCCAAGUCAUGCUGGCUGUGAAAACAUACCAGGUUCUUUCACCUGUUCCUGUCUGCCUGGAUUCAAAAGAAAUGCAACAUUCUGCGAAGAUAUUGAUGAGUGUGCAGAGGAAAUAGCAUUGUGUCCUUCCAAUGAAAUCUGUGAAAACAGCAUUGGAAAUUAUACUUGUAUUUGUCCUGCUGGAUCUGAAAGAGUAAAUGGUUCCUGCCAAGAUAUCGAUGAAUGCCAAAACCCAGCAGAGUGUUCAAAUAGUGGGCAACGAUGUGUAAAUACUGAAUACUCCUUUAGGUGUGAAUGCAAGAAUGGAUUUAUGAAUAUUAAUGGAACAUGUGAAGAUAUAAAUGAAUGCCUUAAUGCAGAAGAAAACAAUUGCUCUAAAACACUAGGGAUCUGCGCUAACUUGGAGGGUUCAUUUGCUUGUCAGUGCAAGGGUGGUUAUACUGGAAAUGGUGUUACUUGCAAUGAUACAGAUGAGUGUGCUGAAAGUAAUACCUGUUCAGUGAAAAACAAUACAAUGUGUGUCAAUACUGUGGGAUCUUACAACUGUACAUGCCAAAGUGGAUAUGAUGGCAUCAAUUGCACAGAUGUGGAUGAAUGUCUUGAUCGUGAGAAAUGUUCGUGGAAAAACAACAGCAUCUGUGUCAAUACCGAAGGCUCUUUCCUCUGUUCAUGUCAAAUGGGAUACGAUGGACUCAACUGCACAGAUGUGGAUGAAUGUCUUGACCAUUCUGUGUGUUCCUGGAAAAACAACACCAUGUGUGUCAAUACUGUUGGAGAAACUGAUCCAAUGUACCACCAGUGA